GAGGAUGAUUUUCGAACACCUCUUUAUAAAACCGUAACCAUCCGUGAUAUUUCCAUUAAACUUAAAUGGUGUGAUACCUGCCAUUUUUAUAGACCGCCACGUACAUCUCACUGCAGCAUUUGUGACAGUUGUGUUGAGGGAUUCGAUCAUCAUUGCCCUUGGUUGCAUAAUUGUAUUGGACGUCGAAAUUACCGAUACUUCUUUAUCUUAUUACUGUCUAUUACAGCGUACGGAAUUAUUGUAUGCACCCUAACAGUUAUUCAUAUCAUUUAUGCAGCUUCUAAUGGAGAUGAGAUUGCCUUUCCGUAUCCUUUUAACACAUGUUUAAGCAUAAGUGGAUUAAUGCUUGUACCCGUUAUAGGACUGACUGGCUUCCAUUGUUACUUAGUCCCCUUUAAUAAAUCUACCAAUGAAUAUAUCACGCAAAAAUUUAAUAAUAUACCUAAUCCUUACGAUCGUGGUUGUUUAAAUAAUCUGAUAUAUAUGUUCUGCCAUCGUCAACAACCAAGGUAA